UUCGAAUAUAUAUGUUUUCAAUUAUAUUAGAACUAUCUGCAUUUGUUGUUAUAUUAAGUAGAUUAUAAUUAUUGACAUUUUGUUCGUCGCAAUUCCGUUACUUCCGACGUUUGGUGGUGGUGUUGUUGUGAUAGAAGCUAACCUCGUGUUAUGGUCCCUUAAAAAAAGACAGAAAUUUCUACAAAAUGGGGAAAAAAGAAAAGUUUGGAGCUGGAAAUUUAGGAAAAGCAUUAAUUAGGGAUCGUUUUGGUUCUGUAAAACAUAAAAAGCGCGAUGAUAUGACUAUGAUCCACAGCGUUUCAUUGAAUGACGGCUACGAUUGGGGACGACUUAAUCUCCAAUCUGUCACGGAAGAAAGUUCUUUCCAAGAAUUCCUUUCAACCGCAGAAUUAGCUGGAACAGAAUUUCAAGCGGAAAAAUUGAACAUUAAAUUUGUAAAUCCGAAGAGCGGAAUCGGAUUGCUUUCAAAAGAUGAAAAGGAAAAGGUUUUGGACUUACAGAAGAAGAAUGAAGGUCUGCUCAAAAUCCCAAGAAGACCAAAGUGGGAUGCUACCACUACGGCUCAGGAGUUACAAGCCAAAGAAAAGGAGCAUUUCUUAGAAUGGAGGCGCACUCUGUCUCUGCUCCAAGAAGCUGAGGAGCUAAUAUUAACACCUUACGAAAAGAACCUGGAGUUUUGGAGGCAACUAUGGAGAGUUGUGGAACGUAGUGAUGUUGUUGUUCAGAUUGUUGAUGCACGGAAUCCUUUGCUUUUCAGGUGCGAAGAUCUGGAAAGCUAUGUCAAAGAAGUAGAUCCUAGGAAAAUGAACAUAAUAUUAAUUAAUAAGGCAGAUUUUUUAACAGAGGAACAGCGAAAAGAAUGGGCAAAGUACUUUUCAGAUAUUAAUGUUAGAGUUGCAUUUUUUUCUGCUACGUUAGCAGCCGAAGGACAGAAGGUCGAUGAGACAAUAGAAGAGGAAAAUCUUGAGGACGAAGAAGAGGAAGAUACAGAUGAUGAAAGUGAAUAUGAAAGCGCAGAUGAUGGUUGCAGUUUAGACAAUACAGAUUGCACGAAUGAAAUUUCUGAAGCAGAAACUGGAGAAAAUUCAGAACCUGAAGAAAAUUAUUUAGAUCCACUAAAUUCUUCUAUAGAAGAAGUGAAUGAAGAAACUAAUAGUGCAGAAAGCACAAAGGUAGAAAACUCCUCAGAGUUAUUAAGCAGGGAUCAGUUGGUAUCAUUUUUCAAAACGAUUUACAAAGGUGAGACAUACACUAAAGGUGUUACAACAAUUGGUCUAGUAGGAUAUCCAAAUGUAGGUAAAAGUUCUACAAUUAAUGCUCUAUUAAUGGACAAAAAAGUAUCAGUGUCUGCGACACCAGGCAAGACAAAACACUUUCAAACACUUUUCCUGGAUAAGGAUCUACUUCUUUGCGAUUGUCCUGGUUUAGUAAUGCCAAGUUUCGUUUGCACCAAAGCAGAAAUGGUUUUGAAUGGUAUUUUGCCAAUUGAUCAGAUGAGGGACCAUGUUCCACCAAUCACAUUAUUGGGAACUUUAAUACCAAGGCACGUUAUAGAAGACCUUUAUGGCAUCAUGCUACCUUUACCUAUUGAAGGAGAAGACCCUGACCGCCCUCCAACCGCGGAAGAAAUUUUGAAUGCCUAUGGAUAUAAUAGAGGUUUCAUGACCCAAAACGGACAACCAGACAAUCCACGAUCAGCGCGUUAUGUUUUAAAGGAUUUUGUAAAUGGUAAACUGUUGUAUUGCGUUGCACCGUUGACGUUAGAGCAAGAAAAAUUUCACACAUUCCCUCCAAGAAGGAGAAAUACUCCUGUAAAUAAACAUUUACCAGCUAGGACAAUACGUGUUAAUAAAGGGAGUAAGACUAGCUCCGAGGAUGUAGAUAAAGUAUUCUUUCAAAACAAUUCUUCGAAUGUACAUACUAAGGGGAUGAUAGGAAGGAUGCAUGGUGUGUACCGUGGUAGUUCUAGUGAUACAGGAUCGGUACUUGGUUCCAUGCAGAGUUUGUUAGUUGAAGAAAAACCGUGGAAAAAGAUUAACAAACAUUCGAAUAAAAAGAAACGUGAAAAAACGAGAAGAUUGUACGCUCAUCUUGAUCAACACUGAUUGGUGGAUAUUAUUAACACUGUACCGGCUUUUUGAACUGUUCGAGUUGAAGAUCUUUUCGCUAUAUAACAGCGGAUCGUAUUUUGUAACAUACAAAUCUCUGAGUUGUUAUGUGAAUCUUUCAGAGAUUCAUAUUGGUUCUAAAUAUCACAAGUACAUUCUAACAAUAAAAUACAUACACAUAUAAGAAUAA